AGAUCAACCACAGGUAUGUAUGUAUGUUAUCUUUCACCAUCAUCAUCAUCAUCGUUUUUGUUAUGUGAGUUAUACUCAUCUUUGCUUUCUCCUUGGUUUAUUAAGGAUGGGGAUUAAGUUUCUUUUGCCUGCAAUCUGUGUAUUCACUUGGAUAACCUCAUGGAUAGUACUCACUGAGUCAUCUGAUGGGCUAGCUCGGAUCACUCUUAAGAAGCAGCCUCUAGAUCUUAAAAGAUUGAAUGCUGCGAGGAUAACCCAAGAAGGGCUUGAUAGCAAUGUGAAUGAUCAGGAAGCUGGUGUAAUUUACCUAAAGAACUAUCUUGAUAUCCAAUAUUAUGGUGAAAUUGGCAUUGGUUCGCCUUCUCAGAGAUUUUCGGUCGUUUUCGACACAGCUAGCUCUAAUCUUUGGGUGCCAUCUUCAAAAUGUAUUUUCUCUAUUCCUUGUCAUUUACAUUCGAGGUUUCGAGCUUCGUCGUCGAGUACUUAUACCAAGAUUGGGAUACCUUGCACAAUCAGCUAUGGGGCUGGAGCUAUUUCUGGCUUUUUUGGCCUGGAUCAUGUUAGAGUUGGAGAUAUUGUUGUUGAAUAUCAAGAGUUCAUAGAGAUUACCAAGGAACCUCUUCUACCGUUCCUUAUUGCGAAAUAUGAUGGAAUUCUUGGACUUGGGUUCCAGGAUAUUUCUGUGGAACGAGCUAAUCCUGUGUGGAUGAACAUGGUGCAACAAGGUCACAUUGACCACAAACUUUUCUCCCUCUGGCUAAGUCGAGAUUCUACGUCGGAGUUCGGAGGAGAAAUUGUGUUUGGAGGUCUUGACUGGAGGCACUUCAGAGGUGACCACACUUACGUCCCGGUCGCAAAAACCGGUUAUUGGGAGAUUUUGGUGGGAGAUGUAUUUGUGGAGGACUACUCAACAGGAGUAUGCAAGUUUGGAUGUGCAGCCAUUCUGGAUUCUGGGACACCCUUGAUUGCUGGGCCAACUGCAAUUGUGGACAAGAUCAACCGCGCAAUCGGGGCAGAAGGAAUCGUAAGCUUGGAAUGCAAGAGUGUUGUUUCCAAGUAUGGAUAUGCUUUAUGGGACAACUUGAUAUCUGGGAUACGCCCUGAAAUUCUGUGUGUCGAUGUCGGGUUAUGUUCAUAUAACGGAUCACAGCGAGCGAGAGACGGGCUGAAGAUGGUGGUCAAAAACGGAACCAUUGAAGGAUCAUCACUGGGCGAGGCUCCGAUGUGUACUUUCUGUGAGAUGAUUGUUUUCUGGAUUCAAGUUCAGCUCAAGCAACAAAGGACAAAGGAUAUGGUAUUCCAACACAUUAAUCAGCUAUGCGAAACUCUUCCAAACCCCAUCGGAAAAUCGUUCGUCAACUGCGAUUACCUCGAACUUCUGCCGGACAUCACAUUCACCAUCGGAAACAAAUCUUUCCCUCUUACUCCACACCAUUAUAUCAUUAAAGUUGAAGAAGGCUGUUCAACAGUGUGUGUUAGCAGCUUCAUCGGUCUAGACGUGCCUCCACCGAGAGGUCCACUCUGGGUACUCGGAGAUAGGUUUUUGAGUGCUUAUCAUACGGUGUUCGACUUCGGAAACAUGAGGGUAGGACUUGCAAAAUCUGCAAAUUAAAUGCCUGCUGCCAAAACUGGAUGGAUAAACAAGGGAAGCGAUGCAUAUUAUCACUUGUUUGAUAUAUAUUCUUCUAUAUAAAUAAUGUUUGUGGUUCGAAUGUGUUCUUUCAAGUU